AGUUAGUCUAGAGCAAAAGUUUGUUUUAAUCAUUCUGUGGUUCUUAAAUACGCUUGGUUUCUUCAUAUAUUUCGGGUUUACCAAGCAUUCUAAUUUGAAAAGAAUAGUAAAAUGAGUGCUGCCGCGGGAGCAUGUGCAUCAUCAUCAUCUCGCUGUCGAUCGCAAUCUCCGACUCUCCCGGGCACUGGCUCUCCGUGUGAGUCUCCGGCUACCCGCCCAGGGUGGCGCAGUUCGAAAAUGAGCACGUGCGAGGCGGCGGCCGCUGGCGAGGAUGAGCUCCCGUCCAAGGCCAAGUCUGAGGAGAGCCAGCCGCCGGAGGAUCCGAAGAAGCAGCAGCUGGAGAAGCACGAGAAGCAGCUGGACAAGCAGCAGCACCAGGAGCAGCUUCUACUGGCCCAGAAGCUCUUUGCCAGCGGUGGAGGCUCCACGCCCGGACCCAGUCCCACGUCCACGGCGGUGGGACCUGGGGGCGUCACUGGCAAGGACCUGCUCAAACUCAAGGAGCCCAUGCGCGUGGGCCUCUACGACAUCGAACGCACCAUUGGCAAGGGCAGCUUCGCCGUGGUCAAGCUGGCCUGGCACCGAAUCGCCAGGAUCGAGGUGGCCAUCAAGAUCAUCGACAAGUCUCAGCUGGAUCAGACGGACCUGCAGAACGUCUACCUCGAGGUGGAGAUCAUGAAGGACUUGAAGCAUCCCCACAUCAUUAAGCUCUACCAGGCUAUGGAGACCAAGAAGAUGAUCUACAUAGUGACGGAGUAUGCCAGCCAGGGCGAUAUCUUUGAUUACAUGAUAAAGUACGGACGGAUGCCCGAGUCGACGGCCCGCCACAAAUUCUGGCAAAUCAUUUCAGCGGUGGAGUACCUCCACAAUAAGGGCAUCGUCCAUCGCGAUCUGAAGGCGGAGAACCUGCUCUUGGACCGCAACAUGAACAUCAAGAUAGCCGACUUCGGCCUCUCGAAUCACUUCGAGCCGGGCGAACUGCUGGCCACCUGGUGCGGAUCGGCGCCGUACGCCGCUCCCGAGUCUUUCGAGAGGAAGCAGUACUCGGGUCCGGAGUUUGAUAUCUGGACACUCGGCGUGGUGCUCUAUGUGCUGGUCUCCGGUGCCCUGCCCUUUGACGGGCCCACGAUACAGAGCCUGCGGGAUCGAGUGCUGUCCGGCCGCUUCCGCACUCCGUUCUUCAUGAGCUCCGAGUGCGAGCACCUCAUACGCCACAUACUGGUGCUGGAGCCCACGAGGCGCUACACCAUCGAGCAGAUCAAGGGCCACCGCUGGAUGAACGAGCCGAAAUCGAAUGGCGACAGCCGCUCCAGCACUGACGAGGACUGCGAGACUGACCAGAGCAACGAUCCGGGCUCGGAUUCGGGCUCCUCCAAGAGCAACUGCAGUGGAGGAGGAGGAGCUGCGGCUGGGGUUUCUUGCUCAGCGCCACCGUCCACAGCGCCGGGCACGCCCACGGUCAAAUGCAAGCCGGCCACGCCCCACGGGCACAGUCUGGAGUCAGACUACCAUGAGAGCAUCCCAGAUCCUCAAGCCCAAAACCAGUAAAUCAAGAAUCAAGAAACAUUUCCACUCUUCCCCAGACUUCGACGCCCGUGCUCAGCCUGUUUUCACCUAACUGGCAGUCGCUGGUGAAGCCGCUCAGCGAAAGUCCCAUACUGGAGAUAUCGGAGCACCUGGAGUCCGUCUGAGGCGGAGGAGGAGGAGGGAUAUCAUCGGGAUGGGAAUGGGGAUGGUGGUGCAUCGAACUAAUGAGGGCCGGAAUGAGGCCACCUUUUUAUUAAGCUCGCAAUCGCAAUUACGAAUUAUUUGAUCCAUAUACGAUAUACACCCACAUACAUACAUAUACAUAGCCUAUACAAGUUCGUAUACCUAUACAGAUAUGGAUGCGGAAUCAGAAUCGGAAUCGGUAUCGGAUUGGGACUAGGAUUCGGACUUACCUCGAUUGGAGCUGAUGGAAUCAAUGCCGAACCGAGCGAUGCCGCAAUAUUGGAUGAUUUAGUUGUGUUACUAGCCUUAAGUAGUCCAAGUUUCGUACGCAUACACGCAGACAUAUACAAUAUGUAUAUUGAUAAUAAUAGCGUUAAGCUAUAGCUAUACUUAUGAUUACACUAUACACUAUUGUAUUGCCCCCAGUUCCGAUUCGGAUUCGGAGUUCGUCCUCGGAGUUCAAAAUUCGGAGUUGGGUGGAUGAGAACAACGUAACUACAUAUAUCAA